AACAGUAAGCAUGAGCUUAAGAGUGGACAAGGGUAAAACAGUAUUUAAAGCUGGAUGAAUUCUUCAUCCUUUUUCCAAGCACACAAGCAGAGGCUUUCCCAACAAAAGCUUCGUUUCCCCUGCUGAUUGUAUUUCUGUGAGUCUUUGAUUCCUUCAUUUCCGAAGAAAAGAUGGUUGUGGUGGAGGCGUUUCUGUCUUCCUUGUUUGAGGUGGUGCUGGACAAGCUGGUGGCUACCCCUUUGUUAGAUUAUGCACGCCGGAUCAAAGUAGACACAGCAGUGCUCCAGGGGUGGAGGAACACUUUGUCGCAUCUCCAAGCAGUGCUGCAUGAUGCUGAGCAGAGGCAGAUUCGGGACGAAGCGGUGAAGAUGUGGGUGGACGAUCUCAAAGCUUUAGCUUACGACAUUGAAGAUGUCCUGGACGAGUUUGACAUGGAGGCUAAGCGAUGCAGUUGGGUACAAGGGCCACAAACCAGCACCAGCAAGGUACGGAAGCUUAUCCCCUCUUUUCAUCCUAGCGGUGUGAUAUUCAAUAAUAAGAAGAUUGGUCAAAAGAUCAAGAUAAUCACCCAGGAAUUAGAUGCGAUAGUAAAAAGAAAGUCUGAUCUCCAUCUGACACAGAGUGUUGGAGGGGUGUCAUCAGUGACUCAACAAAGGUUGACUACUUCUUUGAUAGAUAAGGCUGAGUUUUAUGGUAGGGAUGGUGAUAAGGAGAAGAUCAUGGAAUUGUUGCUAUCUGAUGAAAUAGCUAGUGCUGAUAAGGUUCAGGUGAUUCCGAUUGUUGGUAUGGGUGGGGUUGGAAAAACAACCCUCGCUCAAAUGAUCUAUAACGACAAGAGGGUUGGGGACAAUUUCGAUAUCAGAGGUUGGGGGUGUGUAUCUGAUCAGUUUGAUUUGGUAGUGAUAACGAAAUCAAUUUUAGAGUCGGUCUCUAAGCAUUCAUCUGAUACUUCUAAUACACUGCAAUCACUACAAGAUAGUUUGCAGAAAAAGUUGAAUGGAAAAAGGUUUUUCCUUGUUUUGGAUGAUAUAUGGAAUGAGGACCCCAAUAGCUGGAGUACCUUACAAGCUCCUUUUAGAAAUGGAGCACAAGGCAGUGUGGUAAUGGUAACAACUCGUCUUGAAGAUGUUGCAUCUAUUAUGCGCACCACCUCUUCCCAUCAUCUUAGUAAACUCUCUGAUGAAGAUUGUUGGUCACUAUUUGCAGGCAUUGCCUUCGAAAACGUAACUCCAGAUGCCCGCCAAAACUUGGAACCUAUUGGUAGGAAAAUAAUAAAGAAAUGUGACGGUUUGCCUUUGGCUGCAAAUACAUUGGCAGGUCUGUUGCGCUGUAAACAAGAUGAGAAGACUUGGAAGGAUAUGCUGAACAGCGAAAUAUGGGAUUUACGAACAGAACAAAGUAGAAUUCUUCCGGCUCUACACUUGAGUUACCAUUACCUCCCUACAAAAGUGAAGCAGUGCUUUGCAUAUUGUUCCAUCUUUCCAAAGGAUUAUGACUUUCAAAAGGAGGAGUUAAUUUUGUUGUGGAUGGCGCAAGGUUUAGUGGGUAGCUUGAAAGGAGGGGAGACGAUGGAAGAUGUUGGUGAAAUAUGUUUUCAGAACCUAUUAUCAAGGUCAUUCUUUCAACAAUCCGCUCAUAAUAAGUCAAUGUUUGUGAUGCAUGAUUUGAUUCACGAUUUGGCUCAAUUUGUAUCUGGAGAAUUUUGUUUCAGAUUGGAAAUGGGACAGCAAAAAAAUGUUUCAAAGAAUGCUCGACAUUUGUCAUAUGAUCGUAAAGAAUUUGACAUCUCCAAGAAAUUUGAUUGCCUUUAUGAAAUUGAUAAAUUACGGACCUUCCUACCAUUAAGUAAGUCUGGUUAUGAAUUACAUUGGUACUUUGGUGGUAAAGGCCGUUGCUACUUAGGUGAUAAAGUCCUACACGAUGUAUUGCCAAAAUUCAGAUGUAUGCGGGUUUUAUCCUUAUCUUACUAUAAUAUCACUUAUUUGCCCGAUUCAUUUGGAAAUUUGAAACAUUUGCGGUAUUUGAACCUUUCUAACACUAAAAUUCGGAAGUUACCUAUAUCAAUAGGUAUGCUUUUGAAUUUGCAAUCAUUGAUUUUGUCAGAAUGUUGUUGGCUUACUGAGUUACCGGCCGAGAUUGGAAAGCUCAUCAACUUGCGUCAUUUGGAUAUUUCUAAAACAAAAAUAGAAGGGAUGCCAAUGGGAAUCAAUGGAUUAAAAGAUCUUCGAAUGUUGACUACUUUUGUUGUUGGCAAGCAUGGUGGUGCAAGACUCGGGGAGUUACGAGAUCUUGCACACCUGCAAGGAGCACUCUCCAUUUUAAAGUUGCAGAAUGUGGAGAAUGCUACAGAAGUUAAUCUGAUGAAAAAGGAAGACCUUGACGACUUAGUGUUUGCAUGGGAUCCAAAUGCGAUUGUUGGUGACUUGGAGAUUCAAACCAAAGUUCUCGAAAAGCUUCAGCCUCAUAACAAGGUGAAAAGGCUCAGCAUUGAAUGCUUCUAUGGCAUAAAAUUUCCAAAAUGGUUAGAAGAUCCUUCGUUCAUGAAUUUAGUUUUCUUACAACUUAGAGAUUGUAAAAAUUGCUUGUCUUUGCCGCCACUUGGGCACUUACAGUCUCUCAAGGAUCUCUGUAUUGUGAAGAUGGCUGAUGUGCGAAAGGUAGGUGUAGAGUUGUAUGGGAAUAGCUAUUGUAGUUCAACUUCAAUUAAGCCAUUUGGAUCCCUAGAGAUUCUGAGGUUUGAAGAGAUGUUAGAGUGGGAGGAAUGGGUUUGUCGUGAAAUUGAAUUCCCUUGUUUGAAGGAGCUUUAUAUCAAGAAAUGUCCAAAGCUGAAAAAGGAUUUACCCGAACACCUUCCUAAAUUAACAGAACUUGAGAUUAGUGAAUGCGAGCAGCUGGUGUGUUGUCUUCCAAUGGCUCCCUCCAUUCGUCGAUUGGAGUUGCAGAAAUGUGAUGAUGUGGUGGUUAGGAGUGCGGGCAGUCUCACCUCAUUGGCUUCCUUGCAUAUAAGGGAAGUUUGUAAAAUACCAGAUGAAUUGGGCCAACUGCAUUCUCUUGUACAGUUAUCUGUGCGUUGGUGUCCCGAGCUAAAGGAAAUUCCACCCAUUCUUCACAGCCUUACCUCUCUUAAAAACUUGGACAUCCAGCAAUGUGAGAGUCUUGCAUCUUUUCCGGAGAUGGCGCUGCCACCCAUGCUUGAAAGGCUUCGAAUUAAUUCCUGUCCCAUUCUGGAGUCCCUACCAGAGGGAAUGAUGCAAAAUAAUACGACUCUGCAAUGCUUGGAACUUUGUUGUUGUGGUUCUCUGAGGUCCUUGCCCAGGGACAUUGAUUCAUUGAAGACACUUUCAAUCUACGAUUGUAAGAAAGUGGAGUUAGCACUCCUGGAGAAUAUGACGCACAACCACUACGCUUCCCUUACCAACUUCUAUAUAUGGAAUACUGGUGAUUCUUUCACGUCCUUUCCAUCAGCCUCCUUCACAAAGCUUGAGACGCUUUACUUAUGGAAUUGUACAAAUCUGGAGUCCCUUUACAUUCCAGAUGGACUUCACCACGUGGAUCUCACAUCUCUCCAGUCAUUGGAUAUAUGGGAGUGCCCUAAUCUGGUAUCUUUUCCACGAGGAGGUUUGCCCACUCCCAAUUUAAGACUGCUUCGGAUACGUAACUGCGAAAAGCUCAAGUCACUGCCCCAAGGGAUGCACACCCUCCUUACAUCCCUUCAAGAUUUGUAUAUAUCUAAUUGUCCAGAAAUUGAUUCAUUUCCAGAAGGGGGUUUGCCCACUAAUCUAUCUGAGCUUCACAUCAGGAAUUGCAGCAAACUCGUGGCCAAUCCGAUGGAGUGGGGCUUGCAAACGCUUCCCUUUCUUAGAACGUUGGAGAUUGAAGGAUAUGAGAAUGAAAGAUUUCUCGAGGAGCGAUUUCUGCCCUCCACUCUCAUCUCCCUUCAAAUUAGGGGUUUUCCAAAUCUGAAAUCCCUGGACAAUGAGGGGCUUCAGCACCUCACCUCUCUUGAAACUCUGAAGAUUUCGAAAUGUGGAAAGCUCAAGUCCUUCCCAAAACAGGGGCUGCCCUCCUCCCUUUCUCGUCUUUAUAUUGAAGAGUGUCCUCUGCUGAAGAAACGGUGCCAAAGGGAUAAAGGGAAAGAAUGGCCCAACAUUUCUCACAUCCCCUGCAUAGCGUUGGAUAGAUACACGGAAAAUGAGGAGGUGAUCUUAUCAUGAGGCCCUUGCAUCGAAGCUCUUGCUCUCCUCUGCAUUUAUUGGCCCAGAAGCGUCUACUAUCUUGUUGUUGAUUGAGGAAGGUUGUCUACCAGAAUUAUUGGCUUCCUUGAUUUUCUACUUGGUUUUUGCAAGCACAUCAAAAUGUAGGGAGCAAAUGGAAAAAUCAACCUCGUAAAGCUCAUGUAGACAAAUGAUUCCUAAUUCCAAGACAUCCACUUUAGAUUCUUCAAAUAUGGCAAAGGGUUCAACAAACGUAUUCAUAGCAACAAAGUGCCUAUUUCCAAUUAGCUUCCACAUUGGGCAUCAUUUAAGAAUUUGAAAGAAGUACUUGUACCUGCAUAACAAUGAGAGGUUCAUUUGAAGGAGGCACCAUUGAAGCAUGCUGGGGUGCAUUCUGUCGGGGAAGUAAAAGAUGGAUAAUCAGCCUUUCAGAAGGCAAAAUUAAAUCAGAGGUUCUAAACUUUUGGAACUCUAGUGCAAUGAAAAGGUUGGAGACUUUGAUCAAGUUAAUACACUUUCCCAUUCUUCUCUCUUGCAUAGGACUUUGGUAUGCCCUUUUGUAUGGGAAGAGCUUAAUCAGGCAUGCAAAGUGAUUCUCCUAUUGAUUAUCAGAUAGAAUGAAGGGCUCUGACAAAUGUACUAACCGCCGCAAAGUGCCCUACUUUCGAUAGGAUGGAGAUUUUGCCAAUAGAGAUGGCUUGUUGGAAGGUGAUGUAGAAUCAUAAAGACGUGGAAUCAUAUGGAAGAGAUAAGCAAAUGAUACACUUCCAAGUUCUCAUCUCUUGCAUGGGACUCAGGUGGAACUUAGAUUGAUAUUUUGCUAAUGACCUGUGUAUCCCCUGCCUUCAGUCUUGGGAUAGCAGUAUUCAGAUAGAUUUCUGCCACCUUUAAUUAAGAUCUUCUGUUCCCAUAAAACCAUGUGUAAGCAAUCCUGCUUUCUAUCACUACAGAAGAGCCUAUCAUCAAAUGAAUGCUUUUUGUUGACUUCCAUUACAUGGUACCCUGAUCCAACACUAGACUCCAAAAGGAGAACAAACAUGCAAACUGAAAUGUAUGUUGAUUCUAAUAACUUAAUUCUCAAUCCCUAACUUGAGGAAAUGAGAGGCAAUAAUAAAUGGAAAUUUUAUCGGGUUUCUCUAGCAGCACAUUCUGACAUGGUCUGAAAAUCUUGACAGGAAAAAUUAAGAGAAAUGCUUUUAAAUUUGGAAAAGCGGAGUAAUGUUGUUUGAAGUUGACAGAAAUGUUCGAGGAUUUCGUCUGUCUUUAAUGUAGGCUUCUGCCCAACUCAUUGGAUUUCUCAAAUACUUUUCCUGCUUCAUUUUCCCAUUUUACUGGGGUUUUAUAUCUUGCUCCAUGCUGUCAAGAAACUCAAAAUUCCUCAAAUGUCCCUUUCAGUUGUUCAUAAGGUUGUAAAUGUGUCUCAUAUAUGGAAGCUUGUUCAUGGAACUUGGAUGUGCAAUUCAAUAAUUGGGCUUCUCAUAGUUGCUACAAAUUUGGCGCAGAUUAUCACACACUCCAAUUAACUGGAUGACUUGACCAUCAGAACAAGCUAUUUAGUUUUGUUUUUUGUUUUUAAGCUCCCAUGAAAAGAUGGCAAGCAUUAGCCAUGGCACAUGAAAGAAAGCCAUUCCUUUUCAUAACUGAUUUAUAUGUCAACUAAAAUGGCAGCGACUUCACAUCUCUUCAACAUCUGCAGAUGUUGGAAACCUCCAUUGAUGGCAAGUUUCUUUCACUGUUUCCCAUGUACACAUAUGUUGUUCCCACAAACCAUGCAUCUUCUAUUCUCUCUUGGGAGAUGUUUUAUGAUGAGAUAUUGCUAUUUGUAUAUGAUAGGUAGGAUGUUCAGUGUCUUAGAGAUUCAACUUAUUGUGAGGUCAUUCCAAAUCUUAAAAGUUGUUGCAUUCUCAGUAGAAGUGAUUUGUUUUCGAACUUUCAAAGCAGAUAUGAUUGAGUUCAUUCCUCUUA